AUGGGCGGUGCCCAUGCCCUUGCUACUCGGGAGGCCGGCUGUUCCCUUACCUUUACCACUGGCGGCGCUCUGAGCUAUCCCGUGGGACAAAUCAGCAGCGGUCAAACUCGUGCUGGUGGUGGCUUGUCGGCGGUAUCACUCACGCUUGAGAGCACAUCGCUCACAGACUCUCAAGGCCGUGGCUGCUGGUGGACUCCACCUUCCACUGUCCUGCAGUGUGAUGUAAACCAAGUGCCCGACAGUGGCUUCGAAAUCGGUUGUGACGGAAGUGUCUCGUACAAUGGCCAGACUGAAUUCUACGAGUGUGACGCUGGUGAAGGUGAUCAGAUUAACAUCUACCUGCAGAAGCCCGACACGGGCCUCAACUGUGCCCAGAUCACCCUGACUGCUUCUGGAUGCUACCCGUCUGACUGCUCCGAGGCCAGCACCCCAUCAACCACUGGCGGUGUUUACGUGCCUUCUCCUAGUACAGUCGACAUUCCCGAUACUUGCCCUGCCAACGGUGUCAAGAACGCUGGAGAGUUCAACCUGCCCUCUUUGAUCAUCGUCACAGACAAAUCAAGCCCUAGUACCGCCAGCGGCACUCAGUAUAACGCCGACAUUAGCUCCACCAAGUCCACCAUCUUCAACUUCGAUAUUCCUGCCAGCGCGUCCGGCAAGACUUGCCAGUUAUCUUUCCUCUUCCCUAUGAAGGAUACGCUUGAGACAUCUGACUUCAGCUUCUCCGGCUCUGGUGCUCUUGACUUCUCUAAGUUGAGCAACGCUGCCACCCAAACGACUUCAUACUCCAACGCACCUGAUGUUGCGUCUGACCUCGGCCAGUUCACUGUCUCUCCCGGCAACGCCUACAAAAUAUAUUCCUUCGCUUGCCCUUCGGGCACCACCAUCGGCUUUGAGGUUGCUGAUGUCUCCGGUGGUGACACUAGCCUAAACUUCUUCCAGGACUACAACCCUUGCCCCAUCGGCUUGUUCAUAACCACUUCCUAA